AUGCAUAAUCAUGAAGUUAAUGAGCAAAAGAGCCAAGAAGAGAAAGAGAAAGACAGUCACCAAGAGCCAUUCAGAGAAAUCUUUCAUCAAGUGACUGUUACUCCUGGAGCACUUCCACAAAUUCCUGAGUAUGAUAAGAGGAUCAAGUACUAUCUUGGAGAGGUAAAUUAUCUUGAUGAUGAAGAAGACCAGGAACGGUUGGUUAAGCCUAAAAAGAAGGACCAUCCAAAGAAAUUGAAGGAUUCAGGGACUUUAACUCUUCCUUGCGUGAUCAAUGAUGUGGACAUAGGGAGAGCCAUGAUUGAUUCAGGAUCAAGUGUUAAUUUGAUGCCCUUUAGUGAUUUCAGGAAGAUCGGAGGGCUAGGAUUAAAACUAGCCAAUACUACCCUGACAGUUGCGGAUGGAUCUAUCAAGAAGCCAGUUGGUAUGGUGGAAGAUGUAAUUGUUCGAAUUGAGGAGUUGGAAUUCUUGAUUGAUUUUCUAGUUGUGGACAUGGAAAAUGAAGGAAGAAUUCCAUUAAUCUUGGGAAGACCCUUCAUGGGGACUUUUAAAAUGGUUAUACGUGUCCAUGAUGGAGGAAUGAGAUACUUGAGGAUAAGUAGGAAGCUCAAGGAAGAGGGAGUGGUGGAGAUUAGAAGGCCAUACUCCACAUCAAUUCGAAAACUGGACAGAAGACAGUUGGGGAGGUGGGAUGAUGAAGAUCCCAACAUGAAGAAGAAGAGUUGA